AUGGCCCUCCGCCACACAUACAGUCCGGACGAACUUGAGGAGUACUUCAACCGGAUCAGCCUUCCCUACACCCGACGUGUCUACCAUGUUUCAAGACUAUCAGACAAGGAACAACUAGACUUCCUAAACCUCCUCCAAAAGCACCACAUCUGCAAAGUCCCCUGGGAGAACCUCAUCCAACACUACUCUUGGCACCGCGUAGUCAACGUGAAACCCAAGCACCUCUUCAGCAAGAUUGUCCGCCAACAAGGCCGUGGCGGCUACUGUAUGGAAGUCAACUACUUCUACCAUCUGAUCCUCUACAGUCUUGGCUUCAAUGUCUACAUGUGCGGUUCCCGCAUCUUUAGCCCAGGCAGCAACACCUUCGGCGGCUGGACCCACGUUGUCAACCUCGUAACAGUCGGCGAACAAAAGUACCUCCUCAACGGCGGUUUUGGCGGCAACGGACCUCCUUGCCCAGUGCCUCUAGCCCACGAUGAGAUUCAAUCCCAAAUCGCCCCAGCAGAAAUGCGACUCCUCCACGCCCCAAUCCCCGAAAAUCUCAACCAAUCCCGCAAACUCUGGAUCUUCCAAUCCCGCUACGAUCCCUCAUCCGACUGGUCAACAUGCUACUGCUUCCCCGACUUCGAGUUCACCCCAGCCGACAUCACCUCAAUGAACUUCGCCCCCUCCCACUCGCCCCACUCCUUCUUCACCCACAAAGUCGUAGCCGUCCGCUUCAGCACCGAGCGUGAAAUCAACGGACCCCAAGGCCCCGGCUCCCCGGACGAAGCAGCACUAGCGAGCCCCAUCGACGGCGCCAUCACCUUGAACCACGACGUCCUGACAUGGAGACGGAAGGGGCGCAAGGUGGUAGAGUGGCCGCUGCGGAGCGAGGAGGAGAGAUUGCAUGCGCUGGAGAUGUUCUUCGGUACAACGCUGAGCGAGGAGGAGAGGGAGGCGAUUCUUGAUACUGCAGCCAUGGUUGGGGCGCGGGUGAUGGAUCAUGCGUGA